AUGCAGACCAUCUACGAAGAAGAAUCGUCGGAUUCCGGCACCGAAGCAGAUAAUGAAAAAGACAACGGUUCAGAUAGUACCACCGUCACCCCUUCUGUGACUGAUUACGUCUACGAGAACGGGCGUCGUUAUCACCGUUUCCGCGAAGGCUCGUAUCCUCUUCCGAACGACGAGAGUGAGCAGGAACGUCUCGAUCGGUGCCAUAAACUCUGGACGCGGGUAAUGAAAGGUCGGCCGUGGAAGGUACCUGUUGACUCUCCGCAGAAAGUGCUGGACAUUGGCUGUGGGACUGGGGCAUGGGCCAUCAUGAUCGCGGAUAUGUUCCCUAAUGCAAGGGUGAUUGGAACUGAGUUAAGCCCCAUCCAGCCAUCUAUGGUGCCGCUCAACGUCAGAUUCUAUAUCGAAGAUGCAGAGGAUGAAUGGACCUUUGACAAGGGAUUUGAUCUUGUCCAUGGACGUAUGUUGGCUGGUAGUAUCCAUGACUGGACAAAGUUCUUUGGACAGGCAUUCGCUCAGUUGAAACCAGGUGGUUGGCUGGAGAUGAAUGAGAUCGAGGCCAAGUUUUACUACCAAAAUGAAAAUGACGAGAGAUGCGUCCAGCUAGAUAUGUUGACUCAGGUCUUCAAUAGAGAGAGCACAAAUUUUGGAAAGGGGUUCAAUGAUGUGCUGCUUAUGCCAGAAGCUAUGCGGAACGCUGGUUUCGAGGAUAUCACCAUUGACAUACAAAAGGUUCCAAUCGGCCAAUGGCCCGAAAACUACUCUACGAAAGAUUUGGGCUUGAGAGUGCAAGCUGCCGCUAUAGAAGCUAUAGAGCCGUAUAUACUCGCUAUCGGUACCAGAGUUGUGGAAGACCCAGCCUGGUCUAUCAGAGAGAUUGUCCGUGCAUCGCAGAUGUCACUUCACAAUCGGAACUAUCAGCUAUACGUCCAGGCUCAUUUUAUUUGGGGUAGGAAGCCGAAUUAUUCUUAG